UCUAUCCGCUCUUUCCCACAGCUCCGUGAGCGCCAGACCUACCUUACAUUCACUGCAUUCCUGCUCCUCACUGAAGCUUCACAACACUAAACACCAUCCUAACCAUCACCAUGGCUGCCAAUCCCAACCAGAUCCUCCAGGACGUCAACGUCCUUGGCCCUCUCAAUGACCAGACCAGCAAGGUCUUGAGCAAAGAUGCCGCCGUUUUCCUCGCCCUCCUCCACCGGACAUUCAACGAGACACGGAAGGCCCUCCUACAGCGCCGUGUCGUCCGACAGGCCGAGCUCGACAAGGGCUACCUCCCAGACUUCCUCCCCGAGACUCGACACAUCCGCGAGAGCGACUCAUGGAAGGGUGCCCCUCCGGCACCUGGCUUGGUGGACAGGCGAGUGGAGAUCACUGGCCCGACCGACAGGAAGAUGGUCGUGAACGCGUUGAACUCGGACGUGUGGACAUACAUGGCAGAUUUCGAGGACUCUAGCGCUCCAACAUGGGACAAUAUGAUCAACGGCCAGCUUAACCUAUACGACGCCAUCCGCAAGCAGGUCGACUUCAAGCAGGGCGAGAAGGACUACAAGCUGCGUACCGAUCGGACUCUCCCAACUCUGAUCGCCAGAGCUCGAGGAUGGCAUCUGGAGGAGAAGCACUUCACUGUGGACGGAGAGCCAAUCUCGGGCAGCUUGUUCGACUUCGGCCUCUACUUCUUCAACAACGCCAAAGAGCUCGUGAAGCGGGGUACUGGACCAUACUUCUAUCUCCCGAAAAUGGAGUCACAUCUCGAAGCUCGUCUUUGGAACGAUGUGUUCAACCUGGCCCAGGACUACAUCGGGAUGGCCCGAGGAACCAUCCGAGCUACCGUCUUGAUUGAGACCAUUCUGGCUUCUUUUGAGAUGGACGAGAUUAUCUAUGAGCUCCGCGAUCACAGCUCCGGCCUCAACUGCGGCCGAUGGGACUACAUCUUCAGCACCAUCAAGAGAUUCCGUCAGAACCCCAACUUCGUCUUGCCUGACCGCGCUGCCGUGACUAUGACUGUUCCAUUCAUGGACUCUUAUGUCAAACUUCUCAUCAAGACUUGCCACAGGCGAGGCGUUCACGCAAUGGGUGGCAUGGCAGCUCAGAUCCCAAUCAAGAAUGACACCGCCGCCAACGACGCUGCAAUGGCCUCUGUGCGUGCUGACAAACUCCGCGAAGUUCGUGCUGGUCACGAUGGUACCUGGGUCGCCCAUCCCGCUCUCGCUAGCAUCGCUUCCGAUGUCUUUAACACCUACAUGCCAACGCCGAACCAACUCUUUAAGCGUCGUGAGGAUGUCCACAUCACGGCGAAUGACCUGCUCAACAUGAAUGUACCCGGCAAAGUUACCGAGGCUGGUAUUCGAAAGAACCUCGGCAUCGGUCUUAGCUACAUGGAAGGCUGGCUACGCGGUGUCGGCUGUGUGCCAAUUAACUACCUGAUGGAGGAUGCUGCUACGGCCGAAGUGUCCCGAAGCCAGCUUUGGCAAUGGGUCAGGCACGGUGUUGACACCGCAGAGGGCAAGAAAGUCACUAAGGAAUACUCACUCACCCUCCUUGGUGAGGAGGCAAAAGCCCUUGCCGCAAAGGCACCAAAGGGAAACAAGUUUGGUCUGGCGGCUAAGUACUUCGAGAGCCAGGUGACUGGAGAGGACUACGCCGAGUUCUUGACAUCGCUAUUGUACAACGAAAUUACGAAUGUGGGUCCACCCCAUGGUGCUGCGAAGUUGUGAAAAGCACCUCAUCCAUUUUUUCUUUUCCAUGUCUCUCUCGCGUUGUAACCCAAGGAUGUCUCGGAAAAGUCCCGCCCGACUGCUAGCUUCCGCUGUACUGUACCAAAACAGAAAUUUGUGACAAACCAUGUAAUGUGUUAUUGUUGCGUUGCUUAAUUGCUUGCUUGACUUGCUUCUGCGUGCUAUUUAACACAGUGGUGCGGUCAUAAGCUGACUGCCCUUGGUGUUUCCAGGUCCAGGCUCCGUCU